AAGUGGAAAUUACAAGUAUAAUUAGGUGUCUUAAUGAAGAUGAAAACAUGUUAACAGCCACACAAUUAUUGUUGGAAGUCCUAAUUUCUCUAGGUCUGCAUGUCCUAACUGAAUUUCCCGCCCUAAUUUUGCAACAUGUAAAAAAACAAAAAUAUAAAACUAACUUUUCAACCUCACAUUCUUUGAUUGGCCUUGCCAUUCCAUUUCCUCAUACAAUACUAUUAACAAUUUCAUCUCACCCCCAUAACAAAAUGCCUUCAUCUUCUCAUCAAUCUGGACCGAUACCUUGUCUCACACUAUACGUGCUUGUUGCAUUAACAUUUAUCUCGUCAUUAGAUGUUGUCCAUUGUGGCUCGUCAAAGCAGAAACCAAAUGUUGUUGAUGCUCAUCUCUUGACAGAAAAAAUUCACUCCAACCGAACAAUUAAGGUUUGCCAGGACGGGAAAGGGGAAUUCACUUCGAUUCAAGCUGCAAUUGAUUCCAUUCCUGAAGGAAAUAAAGAUUGGGUGACGGUUCAUGUCAGGAAAGGCGUUUACAGGGAAAAGGUGACAAUACCACCUAAGAAACCAUUCAUAUAUAUAAGAGGGAAUGGAAAAGGAAGAACGGCCAUUGCUUGGUCGCAGAGCUCUACUAAUAACACUGAAUCCGCCACUCUCAAAAUUCAAGCUCCAAAUGUCGUCGUGUUUGGUCUCAGUAUUAAGAAUGAAGCCCCUACCGGGAUCCCAUUUUCAUCCCAAAAUCAAUCAGUGGCAGUGCUCGCGGGAGCAGACAUGAUUGCUUUCUACCACUGUGCAUUUUUCAGCACCCAUAACACACUUUUCGACUACAAAGGCAGGCAUUACUAUGAUACUUGUUACAUUCAAGGCUCAAUUGACUUCAUUUUUGGGCGUGCUCGGUCCCUUUACCAUAUGUGUGAGAUAUUUGUGAUUGAAGACAAAAAGGUAGAGAUCCAUGGGUCAAUAACAGCGCAAAGCAGGGAAUCACUGAAGGAAAACAGUGGCUUUGUGUUUCAGUAUGGAAGGGUUUAUGGAAUGGGGCAUGUGUACUUGGGGAGAGCUAAAGGAGCAUUCUCUAGAGUUGUGUUUGCAAAUUCUUAUUUGUCAAAUACCAUUGUUCCCGAGGGCUGGAGCCUCUGGAGAUACGACGAUGGUGGAACUCAGGACUUGUUCCAAGCGGAGUACAAGUGUCAUGGACCAGGAGCAACAACAGAAAAGAGAGCUAACUGGUCUAAACAGCUUACUGAAAAAGAAGUUGGCGCCUUCUUGACAAUCGAUUACAUUGAUGGAAAGGAGUGGUUGCCUGCUUGGAUUUGAAUCUGCAUUAUCUCGCAUGCUACUGUGCUGCUAACAGUCCCUCUUACCCUGCAUCAGCAAAACACCAUUCAGAAAGCACCGAGUCCCGGGAGAAUUAUCUGAUUUGAUACACAGGUCUAACCAUAUGAUAAUUGUAUAUUAUCUUGUAUCAGAAACUUCAUGUACUGGAAUAAAAGUAUAUAUCAAGGUUUCAUAAUUUUAGUGUUGUACCUUAAAUUACUGAAAUCCUGAAUUUCUGUGAGAAUGAGGUCUAAUAAUUAGCUGAUU